AUGAGAGGCAGCGGACUUGGAUUAGGCGAGGGAGGGGGGCAACUGGGGCGGGUGGAGGACCGUGAGGAGGCCAUGGAGUCGGUGUCUGGGUUGGUUGGAUAUGGGGGGAAUAUUAAUCCUGUGUCAGUGAAGGAUGAGAGCGCACGGAGUAACCCCUUUAGAGAGCUGGGGUCAGCCGAUAACCUCAGGGAUCCACAAAGACCACUAACAGAAAUCUGGGGUUUAGGAGAGCACAACUUUGGUACCGUCUAA